CCCUGCCGUAAACUACAAAGAAAGAAGAAGCUUUACGUCACUUUUUGUGUUGGUGCAAAAUGACAGAAGACAGAAUCACGCCGGGGCAGGACGAGUGUGCUUACAGCAGCUGUUACUGUGAAGAAAACGUGUGGAAACUUUGCGAGUUGGUCCGUCGGGAGAGAAGUGCGCCUCUCCAAGAACUUUUUGUGGUGUUCAUCUCUAACGACAACAGAACGGUCCCGUUGUGGAAACAGAAGUCGGCGUGCGGAGAGAAGCCCGUCAUUUGGGAUUAUCACGUGGUUCUACUUCACGUCCGGGCCGGGUUCGAGGCCACCGUUUACGACCUGGACUCCGUCCUGCCAUUCCCCUGUGAUCUGAAGCUUUACGCCGCCCACGCCCUGCGUACUGACGGUAGCCUUCGGCCCGAGUACCACAGGAAAUUGCGUGUGGUCCCCGCUGACUGCUUCCUGUUGAACUUUGCCUCGGACCGGUCGCACAUGAAGAACGCUGAUGGGUCCUGGAAGAUGCCCCCGCCGCCAUACGCCCCAAUCUCCACUGCAGACUCUCACAUGAACCUGGAAGACUUUAUCUGCAUGGAUCCCACCCGUGGAUGGGGCGACAUUUUUACUUUGGACCAUUUUCUGCGGCACUACGUUAAAGACUUGCCAUUGACAUCGUUGUCAUAGUGUGUGAGUGUGUGCGUGAGUGUGCGUGUGAUGCCAUUGCGAAAUGUGUUUAACAUAUUUACCACAGUAAAAUACGUUUUUGACAUUUUU